UCAUUUUCUGAUAGUUGACUUCCCCCUUUACUACAAUAAUUAUGGAAGAGAAACAGAAGAUUGCUGAGGCUGAAAGCCUUAAGAAGCUCGCCUUCUUUGGAAUCUCGGUGUCCACCAUCGCCACCCUGACAGCGAUCAUCGCCGUGCCAAUGCUUUACAAUUACAUGCAACACGUGCAGUCUUCUCUUCAAAACGAGGUCGAAUUCUGCAAGCACCGAACUGACGGACUCUGGGAUGAGUUCCACAGAUUCGAGACAGUGAAAGGAGUCGACUCUCGUAUCAAGAGAGACACUCGCUCUCGUCGUGGAGGAUACGCUGAGGGAGGAGCCGCAGCUGGCGGAGGUGGAGGUGGAGGAGGAUCGUGCUGCUCUUGCGGAAUCGGAGCCGCCGGACCAGCCGGAGCCCCAGGAAAGGACGGAGCUCCAGGAGAGGACGGAAAGGCCGGAAACCCGGGAACCGCCGGAUCCGACGCCGAGGCUGCCGCCGCUCCAACCGCCUCCGACUUCUGCUUCGACUGCCCACCAGGACCAGCCGGACCAGCUGGAGGACCAGGACCAGCCGGACCACCAGGACCGGCCGGAGCCGACGGAAAUACUCCAUCAGGAGGUGGCGAAGGACCAGCCGGACCACCAGGACCACCAGGACCAGCCGGAAACCCAGGAACCGACGGAGCCCCAGGAAACCCAGGAGCCCCAGGACAAGUCACCGAGACUCCAGGAACCCCAGGACCAGCCGGAGCCGCCGGACCACCAGGACCACCAGGACCAGCUGGAAACCCAGGAUCCGCUGGAGCUUCCGAGCCAGGACCAGCUGGACCAGCUGGAGAUGCUGGACCAGACGGAGCACCAGGAAACGCUGGAGCCCCAGGAGCACCAGGAGAGGCCGGAGCACCAGGAUCCGGAGGAGGAUGCGACCACUGCCCACCACCACGUACCGCCCCAGGAUAUUAAGAGGGGUGUCUGUCGACGAUCAUUUUUCUUUCAUUUUUUGGUUCAGUGCCAUUUCUUACUUCUCUUUUUUAAGGGAAACAGCAAUAAAAAUGAGUAAUUUCAAA